GAAAAGCAAGAUAGGUGGAGAAAGCCAAGCUUCCCAUUCCAGAACUGUCCCUCACAGGAGCUGGGAGAGGAGGAUCUCCGUAGCACGGAGGAGGAAGGACAUGCAGUGUGAUAUAUGGACGGCCCCGGCAGGAGCUUUGAUGUUGAGUGGUGCCAUAGCUUGGGUCUUGGAAGGUGUCUGGGGAGAGGGAACGUGAACCCAGGCCGGAGCGUCAGCUGGGCAGCGAAUUUCAAGGGAAGGUGAUGGUUUAAAACAGUGGAGGAAGGCGUGGGGAGAACCGCAGCCCAAGUGAAUUUGCCUCUCUGAGGUGGUUUGAUCCUGUCAAGGUAUUGUCUGAGCACCUACCGCUUCAUUUCCAUGCGUCAGAGGUUUUUAUGAGCCAGGAAGGAUGUGUUGCCUGCGGAGCUGUAAAAUACGUGCCUUGGCAUGUGGGAGACUGUGCAGAGGGUGCCCUCCACACCCUCAGCUCGCCAUGGUGUUUGCAGAAGCGCACUCUACCAUGGGGUGAUGAGAGGGACCUGUGGGGUGCCCAGAACAGUCACAGGAAGGUACUGCAGGUAGCUGGGAAGAGUGGGACCCCGAGGAGCUGGUGUGGCUGGCUAGUCCACCAGCCGUGAGUCCCGCUUGCCAGGAUCCUGCACUUGGGGUUUGCAUUAGUGCCUUUUCUGCUGUGCUCAGGGAUGAAUCUAGCUACUGUAGGCUUGGUACCUGCUCCCACCACGUACAGAAGGGUGUACCUGCUGCUCCAGAACAUUUCCUGGCUCUUCUUCGUCCAGGUGCCUCUUGUUCUCCUUGGUGGCUCUCUGCAGGCCGGGUGCAGGAGUGCGUGUUUCCUAGACUAAUGGUGGUGUAGCAGCCGUAGGUACAAGUGGAGUCCUUGGUGCUCUCAUUAUGUUGCCCAGCUCAUGCAUCAGUCAGAGAUUGCACUUGAGGGUGAGUGCACAAGUGUGCGUUUUGUUUGCUUGCGGCUAGAUUUUCAGCAGAUGGUGUUGAGCAAGCAAGAAACUGGAUGCUUUGGUGUGGAGACGUGUUGUAUGGUGGAAAGUUUGGAAAGGCGCUCUGGCUUUUGUGCCAGAACCCUCCUCUCCGUCUGACGUGCAACAGGACGUAGGCAACGACAGUCUGUCUUUCCAUCAGGUACGCUCUUGAAAAGCAUCCUCAGCAGCCAUCUGUGAUGGCUUUGUCCUAGGCGGCCUGUGGGGCUCCUCGUGGCUGUCUGUGAUAGUGCUUUAAGGCAGUGCUAGCCACGCAGCUUCUCCUGACUGCUGUGGUCUCAAAAUGUUGUUUUUCUUUGUCUCUACUGACAUGAAUGAGUUAACGUGCUACAUGGGUACUGGGCAGCACACCACGGCCAAGGCUCUGCACUUCACAGGCUUCAGCUUUGAUGCCCUGCAAGCUGUGGCUAAUCCAGGCCAAGAUGGACUAGCUCACGCAUGCCUUUGAGUAUAUCCCUGUUACCGCUGUAGAGCUUUAUUCCUUUUCCUUCAUACUCUCCCAAACUUGGCUGGCUAGUUUCCGAAACGCAUGUUAAAAGUUCUGCUCUAGCCCUGUAGAAGAUCUGUCUCUUUACAGGUUGACUAGUCUGGGUCAAUGCGGCUUCUCCUUGCUUUGCUUUCGGCUCAUUUUCAAUGCCCCUUUCUCUCCUCCACCUGAAGUUCUCCUUGAGAAGAUCUCCCAUUUCUGAGGGAAAGCAGAUGUGAACCACUCUGUGUGGAUGUGCGCUGGUGGAGCUGUGUGUACAAAUGAGAUAGACGAUCAUUCCCUGCAGUGAGCGGUGGUUGCUUUCACGGAGUGCUUGUAUGUGGUUUUGCUUGCAGGACUGGUGUUGGGCUGCGUGGUGGGCGCGCUGUGCGUGUCCCCGGGAUUCUAGGAGCACGUGGGCUGCAUGUAAGCCAGUCUCAGCCUCUGAACUGGGAAAAUCAGUCCUCCAGCUGCAGAGGAGAGCUUGGCCACUCUUGUGGGAAGGCUGGUAGAAGGGGAAGAGCACAUUGUCGCUGCUUUGUCUUGGGUUGGUGUUGGCACAGAUGUGGAAUUUCUGAUAAAGCUUUUGGCUUGUGCACAGAUGCCGCAACUCCUGGAGGAGCCCAGGCAGGAGCGACAGGAAAUACUGGCAUGAUGUGGGCUCACUCUGGUGUAGGGAUGUCUUGCGCUUUCAGAACAAUAAAAAUAAAUCCAAGAGAGGAGGAUAGUAACCUGAUGUGCCCCAAAUUGUGUAACUGAAAACGUCAUUGCUAGCAGCAGAUGCUUUGUAGAGGCUGUGCCACAGCGAGUUGGUCUGCUCACGUAGAGGGACAAAACACAGCUUUCAGCACUGCUUUGCUUGUCUCUUGAAAUGCAAGAAGACAGCUCCCGAGCGCAUGGUCAGCCUGCCAGCGCGCUGUGGCGUGUUGGUGUGCUCGCCGCUUGUGUGCAGUGCCUGGCGCCGGGGGGUCUUGGAGAAGGUAGUACCACGAUCUCGUGAAGGAGGACUUGCCUUUGGCUGUGGCAGCUGAAAGCACUAGUGACUGCACUGGUGUGGGAGGUGCAUCAAUUAUCUUGGGUUAAAAAGGCAUGAAAACUUGAGCAUGGAGAAUAAAAACUCCCCACUUGUGACAGUGGCAAUAAAGCGGAAUCUAGCAGCCUGGAGCGCUUGCAUGAUGUGCUAGUGGGAACAUGUUGAUCUCCAUAUGAAAACCAUAAGCUCAUUUAGAAAAUUGGGCUGUUUCAUUUGAGAUUAGAGUUUCUCUUUAAUCUGCAAAUACUUAAUUAGCAUGGAAAUGGCUAGUUAAAUGGGGUUCUCAAUGUAUAUAUCCACAUGCCAGUGUGGUGGUGCUCCCUAGCAGGUGGCGUGUUUCCCUUCAGGAUGCUGGACUAGUUCCUGGCUCUGAGGCCAGGCAAGAUGCUCUGGAUGCAGCAGGCAAAAGCAGACCACGGCACUGUGCAGACAUGAAUGUGUCCCUUUCCUCCUCUCCGGCUUGUCCCCUAAGAGGUGAUGGCAGAACAUGCCUGCCCCACAGGAUUAUGAACAACGCAAUGUGUUAAAUGCCCCGGGUUCCCUGGUGUCUGGAUUCACAACUGGCCACAGUGACUCUGGUCCCUGGCCAGCACAGAGUUCAACACAGCCUUCCUCACGGGGCAGCCUCUCACUGCGGCUAGCUCUGCGUGUGGACAGGAGACCAAGUGCUCUCUCCUGACACCUGCAAGGACUUUGCCGGGCCUCUCCUUGCACUCGAAUGACUUUGCACAUGGUCGGAGUAGGUAUCUCUGUUAAGCUGUCUCCUGGGUCUAACUGGUAUCCCAGUCUUGUUUUAUCAAGACAGAUGCAUGCACUGACUUCAGUGCUAUGGAAGUAUACGGGUGUACUGUUGUGUGAGGAUGGAGCGUAGAGAAGACCUGCCCACUGGUGGUUUGGGACCACUGCUGAGCAUGGGACUGCCCUGCCUUGGGGCUGUCCUGGCCCUGGCACUUCUCGCUGUGCCAAGCAGCUGGGCUUUGCCAGCGAUGGGAUGUGAACAGAGUGGGUGAUGCCCGUGUUGAGCUUGGCAUGUUCAAGCUGCCGUAUCUGGGGACAGACAGAAGGAAGGCCUGUAGAUCUUUCCUCCUGGUUCUUUGGGAGGCAGCUGGGUGAGAGAAGGGUCUACCCACUCCGUUCCUGCCUGUCCCUUGCUGGCUGUGGCCUUCAGUGAGGACUCCCGCACACUUUCCCUGCCAAGGAUGAGAGUGGCUCCGUUUGUGGCUGGGGGCAACCCUUGCUGCCUAGAGGAGGGGAGACGUGGCGCAUUAGCUUCCUCCUGCCAGGAGCCGAGCGGGUGCUGUGGAAGACCCCUCCCUGGCUGGUCUCAAGCGGCUUGCCGGUAGCACUGGCUGCCCUUCCCUGCCUGCAGGCGUCGUCCCGCUGGAUCGUGCUCUGAAUCCUACCCUACCCCAAGCAUUCGGUGCUUGUGAAGUAACAGCGGGGUGGUGCCAAAACAGCAGCGGGUGGGAGCAGAGGCCAGGGCUGUGGGACUGAGUCACCAAGGCUGCUGGCAGCGGGGUCCAGCAGCCUUUGCCUGGGCUCUGGAGAGGGGGCAGGGUUGGGCCACUUGCUUGCUGUGGCACCAAGCUUCCUGGCAUCCUUCAGCCCUCUUGUUCAGCUGCUGGCAACUGCCUGCGUUACCACCAAACAGAAGGCGGUGAGCAUGAUGGGACCUGGGCCGCUAAAUGUGUGUGAUCCACAAUGUGUGAUGUUUGUUUUAUUUUAACAAAAAAAGGCCCUGAAAACCCAGAUCUGAGUGACAGCAGCAUGCUCUUGUAGGCCAUGCGAUAAGAGACUCCCAGCCUGGGCUAACCCUGUGCUGAGGAGCUAGUAGCAAGGUAUUUAUCUUGGCUUUUACUUGCCAGGACCAAUGAUGAACUGCUGCCUUGCAGACGUCUGAGCCUUUCUCCUUCCCUGACAUCUCUUGGGUCUCAGUGAAACCGCCUGCAUGCUCCCUGUGGGGCCCUGGCUCUGCUGCAGUGGGGGCAGAGGGUUCCAGAUGCUCUUGUAGUCUCUCUCUGGGCUGGCUUUGGCCCUGUCCUGGGCUCUGGAGGUGGCCAGGGCCGCGGUGGUGACAUGCGGUGGCUACUGGAGGAAUGCGGAUGAAAGCUGCCAACAUCCUGCUCUCCUGCCGUGGGAGAAGACGGUGCUGCUGCGCCCCAUCCUGCUGCUGUCCCCGUGGCUGUGUCGAAAUAACAUUCAUCCCAGAUUUGAUGAUAAUGAAAAUACAGAAAAAAGAAAAGCAGCCGCCAGGCUUCAAAGCGCUGAGCCGCUCCCCAAUGUCGGAUGCCUGGGAGUGCAAGGCGCAGGACCCGUUUGCCAGCAGCGAGGAGCAGGACGAGGUGCCCAACCAGGUGACAGUGACGGCCACAGCCACGGGCGGCCAGUGCCAAUGUCCGGAGGAGGAGCCCGACGGCGCUCCCCAGAAGCGGACGAGCACCCAGAACGGGAUGCAGGACAGUGGGGGCGGGGGCACAGGCGUGAAGAAGAAACGGAAGAAAAAGGAUCUGGGAGAGCAGGAAGGGGGAGAAAAAGCAGCUGUGGAGGUGAAACCAAAGAGGAGGAGGGAGCCUAAAGAACCAAAAGAGCCUAAAAAGGCUAAGGAGCCCAAGAAGCCGAAGGAGCCCAAGCAGAGGGAGGUGGCCAAGAAGCCCCGGAAACCUCGGGAACCCAAAGCCCCCAAGGAGCCUAAAGACAAGAAGAGCGGCUCUGAGCCUGGCCCCAGAGCAAGACCCAAGAAGAGCAGCAAGGACACCCCUGUGGAGAAGAAGAAGAAAGGGAAGAGGAAAAAUGAGAUACCAGUGGACAGUUUGGAUUUGGAUCAGGAUCUCCUGAGCCCGUCCGUGCAGAGUCCAGAGGAGUCUGGAGAGUCGGCUGACAGCCAGAAACGCCGCUCAGGACGGCAAGUGAAGAGGAGGAAGUACAACGAGGACCUAGAUUUCAAGGUGGUGGAUGAUGAUGGCGAGACAAUAGCCGUGCUGGGAGCUGGGCGAACCUCCGCACUCUCUGCAUCCACUCUGGCCUGGCAGGCAGAGGAGCCUCCCGAGGAUGAUGCCAAUAUCAUCGAGAAGAUCCUUGCCUCCAGGAUGGUGCAGAAGGAGGCUCAUCCCGGAGGCAUAGCGUUCGAGAUGGAGGAGUUCUACGUCAAGUACAGGAACUUCUCCUAUCUCCACUGUAAGUGGGCAACUCUGGAGGAGCUGGAGAAGGAUCCCAGGAUCUCCCAGAAGAUAAAGCGUUUCCGGAACAAGCAGGCUCAGAUGAAGCAUAUUUUUACAGAGCCUGAUGAGGAUUUGUUCAACCCGGACUACGUGGAGGUGGAUCGAAUUCUGGAGGUGGCUCACACGAAGGACCCUGACACCGGUGAGGAGGUGACUCACUACCUGGUGAAGUGGUGCUCACUGCCCUAUGAGGAGAGCACCUGGGAGCUGGAGGAGGAUGUCGACCCAGGGAAGAUUAAAGAGUUUGAAGCCCUCCAAAUCCCUCCAGAAAACAAGCACAUGGUAACGUACCCAGAGGAGCGCCCGGCAUCUGAGUCCUGGCAGAAACUGGAGAAGUCCCGGGAAUAUAAGAACAGCAACCAGCUGCGGGAGUAUCAGCUGGAGGGAAUGAACUGGCUGCUCUUUAACUGGUAUAACAGGAAGAACUGCAUUCUGGCUGACGAGAUGGGGCUGGGGAAGACAAUCCAAUCAAUCACCUUCCUCUCAGAAAUAUUCCUGAUGGGCAUCCAUGGCCCCUUCCUCAUCAUCGCACCUCUCUCCACCAUCACUAACUGGGAGAGGGAGUUCCGCACCUGGACGGAGAUGAAUGCCAUCGUGUACCAUGGCAGCCAGAUCAGCCGGCAGAUGAUCCAGCAGUACGAGAUGGUGUACCGGGACACACAGGGUAACCCUCUCCCUGGGAUCUUCAAGUUCCAGGUGGUUAUCACCACCUUUGAGAUGAUCCUUGCCGACUGCCCGGAGCUGAAGAAGAUCCAGUGGCGCUGUGUGGUCAUUGAUGAGGCACAUCGCCUGAAAAACAGGAACUGCAAACUCCUGGAGGGGCUGAAGCUCAUGGCCCUGGAGCACAAGGUGCUGCUGACAGGGACCCCCCUGCAGAACUCGGUGGAGGAGCUCUUCAGCCUCCUGAAUUUCCUGGAGCCACAGCAGUUCCCCUCAGAGACAGCCUUUCUGGAGGAGUUUGGAGACCUGAAGACAGAGGAGCAGGUGAAGAAGCUGCAGUCCAUCCUGAAGCCCAUGAUGCUGCGACGGCUGAAGGAUGAUGUAGAGAAGAAUCUGGCACCCAAGCAGGAGACCAUCAUUGAGGUGGAGCUGACCAAUAUCCAGAAGAAAUACUACCGGGCCAUCCUGGAGAAGAACUUCUCCUUCCUCUCCAAGGGUGCCAACCAGCACAAUAUGCCCAACCUCAUCAACACCAUGAUGGAGCUGCGGAAGUGCUGCAAUCACCCGUAUCUCAUCAAUGGGGCAGAGGAGAAGAUCCUGGAGGACUUCCGUAAAACACACAGCCCGGAGGCGCCAGACUUCCAGCUGCAGGCGAUGAUCCAGGCAGCCGGGAAGCUGGUGCUUAUUGAUAAGCUGCUUCCCAAGCUGAUCGCCGGUGGGCACAAGGUGCUCAUCUUCUCCCAGAUGGUGCGCUGCCUCGACAUCCUGGAAGACUAUCUCAUUCAGAGGCGGUACACCUAUGAGCGCAUUGAUGGGCGGGUGCGUGGGAACCUGCGCCAAGCUGCCAUCGACCGCUUCUGCAAGCCCGACUCGGAUCGCUUCGUCUUUCUCCUGUGUACGCGGGCAGGGGGGCUGGGCAUCAACCUGACCGCUGCCGACACCUGCAUCAUCUUUGAUUCAGACUGGAACCCACAGAACGACCUCCAGGCUCAAGCUCGCUGCCACCGGAUCGGGCAGAGCAAGGCGGUGAAAGUGUAUCGCCUCAUCACUAGGAACUCCUACGAGCGGGAGAUGUUCGACAAGGCCAGCCUGAAGCUGGGCCUGGACAAGGCUGUGCUGCAGGACAUCAACCGCAAGGGCAGCACCAACGGGGUUCAGCAGCUCUCAAAGAUGGAGGUGGAGGACCUUCUGCGGAAGGGUGCCUACGGUGCUCUCAUGGAUGAGGAGGACGAAGGAUCGAAGUUCUGCGAGGAAGACAUCGAUCAGAUCCUCCAGCGCAGGACACAGACCAUCACGAUCCAAUCUGAGGGGAAGGGCUCCACCUUUGCCAAGGCCAGCUUCGUAGCAUCAGGAAACAGAACUGACAUUUCCUUAGAUGACCCCAACUUCUGGCAGAAGUGGGCCAAGAUAGCAGAGCUCGAUACAGACGCCAAGAAUGAAAAGGAGAGCCUUGUCAUCGACAGACCCCGGGUGCGGAAGCAAACUAAACACUACAACUCCUUCGAAGAGGACGAGCUGAUGGAGUUCUCUGAGCUGGACAGUGACUCGGAUGAGCGACCCACACGCUCCCGGCGCUUCAACGAGAAGACGCGGCGGUACCUGCGGGCUGAAUGCUUCCGCGUGGAGAAGAACCUGCUCAUAUUCGGCUGGGGACGCUGGAAAGAUAUCCUGACCCAUGGGCGCUUCAAGUGGCACCUGAAUGAGAAGGACAUGGAGAUGAUUUGUCGGGCCUUGCUCGUCUAUUGUGUCAAACACUACAAGGGGGAUGAGAAGAUUAAGAGUUUUAUCUGGGAUCUCAUCACACCGACGAAGGAUGGCCAGAACCAGGCUCUGCAGAAUCACUCAGGCUUGUCAGCACCGGUGCCCAGAGGCAGGAAGGGGAAGAAGACAAAGAACCAGAUGCUGCUUCCCGAGAUAAAGAACGCAGACUGGCUCGCCACCUGCAACCCCGAGGUCGUCCUGCAUGACGACAGCUACAAGAAACACCUCAAACAGCACUGCAACAAGGUUCUGCUGCGGGUGCGAAUGCUCUACUACCUGAAGGCUGAAGUGCUGGGGGAGGCCGCGGACAAAGCCUUCGAGGGGACCCCUGCCAGGGAGCUGGACGUGCUGCUGCCGGACAUUGACUAUGUGGAGAUCCCAGUGGACUGGUGGAAUGCUGAAGCUGAUAAAUCCCUGCUCAUCGGCGUCUUCAAGCACGGUUACGAGAGGUACAAUGCCAUGCGGGCGGACCCGGCGCUGUGCUUUCUCGAGAAGGUGGGCAUGCCGGACGAGAAGCUGCUCUCUGCGGAGCAGGGCGUCAGCGACGGGGCCCAGGAUGCUGCCGAAAGGGGCAGCAUGGAAAAGGAAGAGAGUGGUGGAGAAAAGCUGGAGGGGCUGUCAAAGCAGGAGGACGUCGUGGCUGCUGGGGUGGGCGAAGCCAGUGAGAAGCGGGAUGAGCCAGCGGCAGCCCAGGAUGGCUCCGACUCAGACAGAUCCUGCUGGCCUGUCUCAUCUGCCCUCACAGCCAGACUGCGGAGGCUCGUCACCGUCUACCAGCGCUGCAACCGCAAAGAGCUGCCUCCCCGUGCUGAGAUGCUGGUGCCCGGUAACCAUGGAUACUGGCUGCAGGAUGAGAUGUUCAGAAGAGCCUCUGAGAUGGACUCUGUGAACAAAGAAAUGCAGAAAAGGUGGACCAGGAGGGAGCAGGCAGAUUUCUACCGCACCGUCUCCUCCUUUGGGGUUAUCUAUGACCAGGAGAAAAAGAUCUUUGACUGGGCCCAGUUCCGAGCCAUCUCUCGACUGGAGAAGAAGACGGAUGAGAGCCUGGAGAAGUAUUUCUACAGCUUUGUGGCCAUGUGCAAGAAUGUCUGUGGUCUCCCAAUGUGGAAAGAGGAUGGUCCUCCAGAUCCUGAUAUCUACGUGGAGCCCAUCACGGAGGAACGUGCUGCCAGAACCCUCUACCGUAUCGAGCUUCUGCGAAAGGUGCGCGAGCAGGUGCUCAAGUGUCCGCAGCUCCACGAGCGGCUCAAGCUGUGCCGGCCGAGCCUCUACCUGCCGGUGUGGUGGGAGUGUGGCAAACAUGAUCGGGACCUGCUGAUCGGCACCGCCAAGCAUGGCCUGAAUCGCACUGACUACUACAUCAUGAAUGACCCUCAGCUGUCUUUUUUAGAUGCAUACAGGAACUAUGCUCAGCAUAAAAGAACGGGGCUCCCAGGCCCAGAAACCCUGUGCUGCCUUUACCAGACUAACUCCAAACUCUACAGUUCCCCUCUGUACAGCCAGGUGGACCGAACUUGUGAAUCCCUGGAGAACGAAGCCGAGAGUCAGAUCAAGCUAGAAGCUGUAGACAGCACUAUGUCCCAGGCCGGGGGCAGUCCGCCGGAUGCAAACUGUGAAACGUUCAUGUCUAAAGUCCGGGACAUCAUUUCCAGUAACUAUGAUGAGAGCUCUCUGCCAGACUCCUUGGUGUGCAUGAUGUACGAUGAGAAGGCCUGUAACAGCGAGCAAAGCUCCCUUGCGCGAGACAGCCCGAGUUGCACAGAUGUUGGAAGCAGCAUUGCUAAACUCUCUGAGGGCAAGCUGGAGGGGGAUGAGGACCCGUCCAGCUGCGAUGCAGAUGCCAUGAGAGAGACUCCCUUCCUAGAGGGUUUGCAGGUGCGCUGUGACCGAAUGGACGGUCAGAAUGAGGAAGCUGAGCCUUCACCUUCUACCCCCGAGAGUGACCCUUCGCGGAGCGUCCCAGCAGAGCUCUGCGAAGCCUUGCAGCAGAAGGGCGACAUCACCAGCCCUGCGCCAGUGCUGCCUGAGCACGGCGCCAUUGAAGGGGCCAUAAGUGUGGGGCUCUACAGUCCCAGUCUUCAUAACUACGAAAUAAAGGUUCCUCCUGAGCAGAGGUUCAUCAGUCUGCUGCAGGAGAAAGAAGUGGAGGCAAAGUCAGGGCCAAGUCAGAGCCACAGCGAAGAAGAUGAGGAGGAAGAAGAGGACGAUGAUAACUCUGAGGCAGCAGCAGAUGUUGUGGAAGGCUUGAGUGGUCCCAGAACCAGGGAAGGUUGUGGCCCUGAGGCUAAUGAACUGGGGGGCGAGGAGCAGAGCUCUGGCCUCCCCACACCCGAGGACACUUGCCCGGAAGACGUGAAUGGCGAGAGAGAGUGCCUGGGGCUGGGGACACCUGAAGGGCUGGGGGAGCCUGGGCCAGAGGGCAGGGAGGACCGUGGCCUGGAUGAGGAGAGCACCCUGCAGCACUCACCGGGCCAGGCUCAGAGCCAGGCUUUCAGCCUGCCCACGCCUCUGCUGGGGGCCCCAGGGGCAGACCCCCCCCUUGCCGGGGGGGAGGCCUGGGGCCGAGGGGCUGAGGGGCAGGCAGGCUGCAGAGAGGCCCUGCACCCCGAGCCCCAGGGGGUGAAGCAAGAAGAAUGUGAGAACAGAGAUGAGGGGGAGAAAGCCAGCAGCAGCCAGAGUCAAGAUGGUCCAGAGAAGUAUUUGGAGGAAGAGAGCAAGAGUUCUGCUUCUGUCCUGCCCGGUGAGAUUGAUGACCUUCAGGAUGCCCGGGCACCGACCAUAGCCCAGCUGCUGCAGGAGAAGACGCUUUACUCCUUCUCUGAGUGGCCUAAGGACCGUGUGAUCAUCAACCGCAUUGACAACAUCUGCCAUGCCAUCCUGAAGGGCAAGUGGCCAUCCUCUAGCCAGCAGUUUGAGGCACAAAGCCUGCUGACAGCUCCAGCGGUAGCCAGCAAUGCUAGCAGCAGAAACAGCUUUGCUGAGUCAGAAGCCCCCGAUCCCAGCUUCAAUAAUGGGGUGUUAAUCACACAGGUACAAAAGGAAGGUUUUCUGACCCCUGCCUUUGCAAAGGACGAGCGGAAGCACAGGAGGCCCUAUGAAUUCGAGAUGGAGAGGGAUGCCAAACAGAGGAGCUUGGAGCAACUAGCCGCAACCCAUGUCCAUCCACCCAUUGUGCUGAACGGCUGGCGCGACACGGCGGUGGACUUGUCCAGAGCCUCUGAUGGAUCCCCAGGGAACUCCUCUCCUUUUCCCCUAAACACAAACAUGCCCAAACUGGGGACCGUGAACACGCUCCAGGGCUCCCUGGGCAUGGACUUGUCUGGCAUCCUCCAGGCAGGGUUAAUCCAUCCUGUCACAGGACAAAUUGUAAACGGCAGCCUCCGAAGAGACGACGCUGCUAUGAGGAGGAGACGGGGCAGGAGAAAAAAUGUAGAAGGGAUGGACCUCAUCUUCUUGAAGGAGAGGCCUCUUCCAACCAGGCUGCAGGAUGUUCAGGAAGACCAGCCGCAGCCCCCCCAGAACAGUCCCCUCCCCGACGGGCCGGUUGCUGCUACCUCAACUCCACAGCCGGUCCCAGCUGCAGGCAGCCAAGCAGAGAAGGCUGUCCCGAAUAAGAGUCUCCUCGACUGGCUCCGCCAGCAGUCCGACUACACACUCGACGUUCCCGGCUUUGGCACAAAUUUUUCAGACAAGCCCAAGCAGAGGAGGCAACGCUGCAAGGACCCCAGCAAAUUGGACAUUAGCUCACUCACGGGAGAGGAGCGGGUGCCUGUGGUACAUAAGGGUACCGGACGGCGGUUAGGGGGAGCCACGGCACCAGCAUUGAAGGAAUUGCCAAGGUGGCUUGAUGCAAACUUGGAGUAUGCUGUUGCAGCUGACUGGGCUGACAUUGUUAAGCUUUCAGGCUACUUACCGGAAAGCAAAUUCAAUCGCAUCCUGACUGAGCCUGUGCUCCGAGACACGGGGCCCCGCCGGAGGGGGAGAAGGCCCCGAAGCGAACUCAUCAAAGGCCCCGGCGUUGUAGCAGAUUCUUCUUCUGGAAUGGGACCAUUGUUCAUGAACGGACUGAUUGCUGGGAUGGAUCUAGUAGGACUUCAGAACAUGAGAAACAUGCAAGGGAUCCCUCUGACCGGGCUGGUUGGGUUUCCUGCUGGAUUUGCAGCAGUGCCCGCCGGCGAGGACGUGAAAAGCACCCUGAGUAUGUUGCCCAUGAUGCUGCCGGGCAUGGCUACCGUACCACAGAUGUUCGGUGUUGGAGGACUUCUCAACCCCCCCAUGACAACUACUUGUACUGCGACUGCUGCGACUUCGUUAACAAGCACAACGAAAAGCGGUACAGCCAACGCAGAGAAAGCUACUGAGGAUAAACCGAGUAGCCAGGACGUGAAAAAAGAAACUCUCUCGGAAGAUAAGCCUGGUCCUAGUUCGUUUUCUAAUCAGACAGAAUCCGCAAUAACUACCAGUAGUCCUGUAGCUUUUAACCCGUUUCUUAUCCCAGGGAUGUCUCCUGGACUGAUCUAUCCCUCGAUGUUUCUUUCCCCUGGCAUCGGCAUGGCGCUGCCCGGCAUACAGCAAACCAGGCACUCGGAGGCAGCCAACCUGGAAAGCCAGAAGCGGAAGAGAAAGAAGGCAAAAGGGGAAUCGACAAACCCAGAGCCAGAAACUGUCUCGCUGCCGGAAAAAGAAGCUGCAAACAGUCAAAACUGUACAGAGCAAACACCGCCUUUGUCGGCAGAGAAAGAGCAGGACGGACCAGCAGAGGAGGAGUGCGAAGCGGCUCGCGAUACCAAUUAGAACUUUUGUUUCAUUGAAAAAAAAAAAACAAAAAAAAAAACAAAAAAAAAACCACACACAAAAAGAUUGUGGCUUGUGAGUUUCUUAUCCCAUAAACUCUUUGUUACUUACCCUCCCGCCCCGCUCCGCCUUCAUAAACCUGUGUUUCCAUGAGUAAUAUUAUCUACCUAAUUCCUUGUCAGAAAAAAACUCUGGUGACAUACUACAUGUUAAUAGUUGCAGGGUCUUGCCACUUUAUUAGAUAAACAGUGUUGUCUAGCUAGUAUGGGAGGCACCGAAUUCUCGUUCUGUUUUUCCAGUCGUUCAUCCCAGCCGACGAUAGCAAAUCCAGUACUCGGUCACCCCCUCAAAUUGCUCACUCCUUUGAGAAGAAAAAGCAGCAAAAAAAAAAAACAAGAGCAAAAGAAAAGUCUUUACCUCUUGGCCUACACGCAGCCAGGGGUAAUUCUGUCUGCAGCGACACUGAACGAAAAAGCCUGUAUUUGGGGGUAAAAAGCACAGCUAUAGUAAGUGCUAAUGUGUAUUUUUGAUUUAAAGUAUUUCCCUAUUUUAUCAUGGUUACUAGAAUAGUAGUAUAGACAGAAGUAUAUAACUAAUGAUUGAAAAUGCAUAUAUUCAUUUCUUUGAAAGGAAAAAGCAUAACUGGUAGUGCUAUGAUUUCUUUACCGCCCCCACCUCAAAGGUUUGGAGACAAACUGCAGCGAGUGAAAAUACGACGUAGACGUUCUUUUGUAUUUUUUAAAACCAAAGUUUGGUUUUACGUUAAGUGGAGUUUAGUUGCCCUUUCCUCGAGAGUUACAAGAACUUUUCGGCUUGAGCUGGAAAGGUUUUGCACAUCUUGCAUGACUUUUUUGGGAUUACUGUACCUGUAGCUACCAGUUUCUUCAUCAUUCUGCCAGUCUUCAGUUCUCCUCUGUGGCGUUAGUUCUCAUCUAUGGCGUUAGAAGUGCUGUAAAGGUAUUUUUUUUUUUUCCAGCUGUGAACAGGCCACACUGAUUUUAAUGCUCUUAUAUGAACACUGAGGCUUUUUGAGUUUUUAUAUUUUCCACUCCUUACCCCGGAAGCAACGUCCUUUCAGCAAACACGGAAAAGGCAGUAGGCCGUUUUCCUGUUUGGGGGAGUCCUCUGAGAAGGACGGCUGAGGCUUUCAAAGCUUGAGUUUCUUCUUUCCUAGCGUUAGACUGUGAAGAGAUGACCUUGGCUUCUUCUUUCCAUUCCGUUUGCUGUUGAACAGUAUUUCCGAGUCCCGCCCCUUGGGCAGAUGCUUUCGCCGUCUGCGUUUUCGACGGAGAGGCGGUAACGCCGUCAGCCCCCGCAGCUCUGGGUACUGAGACACCUCCGCAGGCAACUCUUCUUCUUUCUCCUUCCCCUCGCUCCUCCUUUCCUUUUGCUUUCACUUGGGCUUGUUCUUAUUUGCAGCUCAUGGUUUGAGACUUGAAAUAAACCCGGGGCGGUGCAGCAGGGAGGUAGAAGGCAGGCUGGUGAGGGAGUUGGGAGCGUGCUAGUAAUCGCUUUCACAUUUGGUUGUCACAAUUUACUGUAUUUUUUACUUAUUUUCUGUUACAGUUUUGCUAAUUUAUCCGAUGGUCCAAAUGUUUUGACAUAACUAUUUCAGUUUGCAUUAUUUAUUUAUGAUGCUUUUUGUCAUUGUCUUUUAUACAUUUGGGAUUAUAAAUUAUGUACAUGUUAAAAUUAGCAUCUCAAAGAAGUCUGUUACCCAUGGUCUAAAAAAGCAUUUGGUUUAUAUUUUCACGGAAUUUAUUCCCAGUUUACUGGAUUGGAUGAUUUUUUUUUUUUUUUAAGUAUGUAACCAAUCAUAAUGCAACCCCCCCUCCCCCCGAUAAUUAAAUGUGUUCUAUUUAAUAACAUCCUUGUAGCAUAGAUACUGUAUCACUAUCGACAGAUUUCUUAGAAAUGCUGCUAUCUCUAUUUAACUAACAUUUUGUUCAGUUUUGCCUCCAGUGGAAGCAGAAAGGGGUUUUUCAGCUGUUAAAUCCAAAAUCAAUAUAAUUUAUUUAUGUAAAAAAAAAAAAAAAAAAUCACGAUUGAUAUAUUUUUGAACCUUUUAAGUACUAACUUUCUUUUUAUUCAGUAGAAGAACAUGUACUUGCCCUAAAUCCUUAAAAUACAAAUGCUAUAAAACUUCAUUUAUCUUCAAAGCCUUACUGUGAACGGAUACAGAAAUCUCUCCAGAGUCCAUUUCUUGUCACGGGAUGGUUUUUCCAGGGUUACACGCGUAAGGAACAGGGUUGAAAGUGAAAUUUAUUUAAUUAGCCAGCAUGCUCUAUACCUUGUUCUUCCUUAUCAGACAUGUAUGCUACGUCUCUGGGUGUUUAGGCUUCUCUUUGACUGCUACUUUGUGACCCUUUUGCAACCCGAUAUACGCUGUGGAUUAUUUAGACUGUAAGGCGUAAGUGGCUGCUUCUUAUUUUCCAUCAUAUCCAAAAGAAAUGCCAAAUUUUCACCGGUUUUCAUGGCUACUCACACGAACAUACAUUCUUCACCAAAUGUGCUAACAAAAUAAACUGUCUGUGCUCUUGAACAUGGAUAAAAAGAAAAAGAUUUAAAAGUCAGAUUUUUAUUUUUUUAAUUUAGUGACUAGAUGAUGCUUAUCUUUCAAACUUGGCAGAGCCUUGCUACAGAUGUAUAUAAUUUUUUUCAGCAAAUAUAUGUGAAUGUUUAAUUCACCUGACUCAGUGAUAAACGUUACUUGCCUUUUUCUCAGCACGAAUCCGUUGAGAAGCUGUCGAA